AUGGCGCUGGUUUCAAUCAUCGGUGGAGAGGUGUAUCCUCUCAGAGUCAGAGACACUCAGGUCGAUACUCAGUUUGCUGUGGGCCCAGAAGUCUUUGGUCUGGUGCCUGGUCUGCUGAUGUAUGCUACCAUCUGGUUUUGGGAGCACAAGAGAGUGUGUGACAUACUCAAACAGGAGCAUCUUGAGUGGGAGGAUGAGCGACUAUUCCAAACCAGCAGACUCAUACUCAUAGGAGAGACUAGUAAGAUAGUGAUCAAAGACUACUUGCAACACCUGACCAGUUACCACUUCAAACUCUUGUUUGACCCAGAGCUCCUUUUCAACCUACAGUUGCAUUAUCACAACUGCAUUGCCUCUGAAUUCAACACACUCUAUCACUGGCACCCCUUGCUGCCCCACAACUUCAAGGUUCCUGGGGGAAGAAAUCUUCUAAUUACCCUAAAAGCAGUGGCAAAGUCCUCCAUUGACCAGACCAUAGAGGUGAAAUACCAGUCUCUCACUGAGUACUGCAAACAUUUUUCCCUGACGCCUUACACAGCAUUUGAAGAACUUCCAGGAGAGAAGGAAAUGGCUGCAGAGUUGAAAGCCCUCUCCAGUGGCUUUGAUGUCAUGGAACUGUAUCCCAACCUGGUGGUGGAAAAGCCUCACCAACAUGCUAUCUUUAGGGAGACCAUGGUAGAACCUGGAUUACAAUUCCCCUUGAGAGGCCUUAUGGGUAAUUCCAUCUGUUCUCUUCAAUACUGGAAAACGAGCACCUUUGGAGGAAAAGUGGGUUUUAAGAUUAUCAACACUGACUCAAUUCAUUCUCUCCUCUACAAACCUGUGAAGGAGUUGCCAGUGCGGCAGCUCCUGGAGUGUCCACCGCCACCACUACCGCCCCCCCCACCCCCACCCGGGCUACUGGUUCCUCUAUCUCCGGACCGCAGCGGGUUGGACCCGCCGCUCCGGAGCCCCCGCCGCGCUCACCCCCAUCCCCGCCGCAAGGAGAAGGAACGGACAAAUGCGAAAAGUGGACGCGACUACGCGGGGGACAACAGGGCCCUGAAGAGAAAGGGGAGGGCUGACCCUGGAGGAAAGGAGGGUUUUUCCAUGGGUGUGGGAGGGGACGGCGGAGCACGCCCAGCCCUGCUUCAGUCCCCAGCUAGAUCGACACAGCCCUCAGAACCAAUCCCCAUCCCGAAGCUAAGAUUCCGGCUUGCCGACCUCCCCAACCUACAUUGUUCCAAUAUGUCAGAGGCUCUUCACCCUGGAGUCCUGCUGCAGACCUGGGUAAGGCCAGGCGCGAGAUCCACACCCUCUCCCCAGAAUUUUCAAGUGCCAGCAAGAGCUCACCUGUAA